AUGGCGUCAUUAAGGCGGCCGCGGCCCAUGUCACUCCUUAAAGCUAUUUUCUUGUCGUUUUUUCUGUCUGUCUCUCUUUUCGCCUGUGCAUCCGCAUUUCGUUCGAGUCCAAAUAACUCAUCCUCUAUACUGGCCACCACUCUGGCCAAGGUGGCUAGCGUGGUAGGCCAGGGUGACUACUCCUGUGGCCCGGAUCAACCGUGCUCGAACAGGGCCUGCUGUGGCCCCAGUGGCUGGUGUGGCUAUGGAGACAAGUCCUGCGGCGACGGCUGCCAGUCCAACUGCGAUGCUAAGGCAGAGUGCGGCGAGAAAACCGUCGCGUCUAACCGAACCUGCCCGCUUAAUGUCUGCUGCUCCGAGUAUGGUUUCUGCGGCACCACCUCAGACUUUUGUGGUAAAGGCUGCCAGUCCAACUGCGAGCAACCGAAGCCCUUGGCGGCAGUGUCAAACGUCCAAAAGCGGGUAAUUGGGUACUGGGAGGCCUGGAACACGGACCAUCCCUACGGUACCAUGAGCAUUGGAUCAAUUCCCGUCACCAUGCUCACCCAUCUGAAUAUUGCAUUUGGCUACAUAAGUAAUGAUGGAGCCUUCCGGGUUACUAAUAUGGACACUGUGUCGCCAGAUGUGUACCGCAAUAUUGGAAAAGUGAAGGAGCGCAACCCAGGAUAUAUCACUAUCUUGCAAUCAGCUAACAUCACAGACUGGGAGUAUCCUGGCGCCACUGAUCGUGGUGGCUCUGCUGCAGAUGGCGCGAACUACGAUAGCCAAAAUCCUAUCGGAAAUAACGUCCUUGCACAUACAAACUUGACGGAGAUUGACCUCGCAUUUGACCUUUUCUGGCGUGGGAAUGUUGAGCCAUCAAGUAUAGUGCUUAGGCUAGCCUUCUAUGGUCGAUCUUUUACUCUAGAGAAUCCGUCAUGCUGGAAGCCGGGAUGCGGCUUCAGCGGCCCUGGAACCACAGGAAAAUGUACCAACAGCGCCGGCAUUUUAUCAUAUCGUGAGGUCACCGAUAUUCUGCAGAAUACUGGCGCGACAGCGUACUUGGAUAAGGCCGCCGCCGUCAAGUAUAUGUCUAAGAUUGACUACGCAAAUCGUAUGGAACUAUCAAACCUGAUGAUAUGGGCCAUAGACCUUGAUAAUAGUGGGCUAGAUGCACUUAGGGCUAUUGUAGACCCAAAAAGUCUCCCACCCAUUGAUCGGCCUUCCUCGCUCGUUGACCUUAAGCGCAUAUUCCCCAAGGAGUAUCUACCACCCAAGGAUUCAAAGAUCAGCUACGGAAUUAUCAACUUUAGUAGCCUCGCAGAUGCAGGUGAAACGGAACCCGACAAAACAUCAUUUGGCUUCCUUCUUGUCAGUGGCGACUCGUAUGCUAUCACCCAGCUGAGGAAACGUGAGGGUAAACCAAAACCGUUUAUCUUCCUCGACUGUCCAGAUAAUGUGAUAAAUCAGCCGGACGACAAACUCUAUAGCGCCAGAGUUAUUUGUCUCCAUGAUGACGUCGAGGGAUGUUUCCGUGUUAUGGAGAAAGGGGUUGAGGGAACUAUUAUGGAAAUGCCAAAUAAUGACACAGUCGUCAAUUCCCCUGGCAUCCAAUAUAGCAACUUACAAAAGAGAUUCUUCGCGCCGACGACUUCGGCAACGCUUCAUGAAAGCCUUCAAGUUAAACAAGCUAAAAGUUUCCUCAAAGUCACUGGCCAGACUGAUUUGACCUAUGGUGUCGGCGGUAUCGGUUCCUUUGACAUUAGCCGUGCGAAUAAGGGCAACCCGGCCUUCAACGAGGGUCAACGUGUUAAGUUGGGGGGACACACUGUUGAAGCUGACCGGGCUCACCUGAAUGGUUGGGUCUCUUUCGACCCUUACUACGAAAUCACCUACCAGAUAGCCACUUCCAAGGAAGUUAAGAAAGGUGACAAGGAAGACGGCAUAGCUUCAUUCGACGGUAGCGCUACCACCAGGACCAUUACUGACCUUGGCCUUACUGUGUUCUUUCCAGCACCCCCAGAAGAUAUGCACGGUGGGUGGGGAAAGUCGCGCAAGAAGAAUGAGAUCUCAAUUCCGGACACCAACGUUCUAUAUUCCUCCCCGGAGGGCGGCGGUAAAAUUGCUAUAGGAACCUACAUUGCCUUUGGCCUAAGGGCUACGUACUAUUUGUUCCCUCCGGAGAUAGAAAAAUCAUUCCCGGUGGUGUCAGAGAUAACGGAUUUAGCAGUAUAUUUUAACACCAUGACCGAAUUUAGAUAUCACCCCUUUGAAUAUAACCACGACUUGGAGGACUAUGAAGAAGUAUGCGCGGACUAUUUAGUAGGAACCAACGUCUUCCCAGUGAUUGAAAACGCUGAAAAAAUCGGCUGGGAGGACGUCACUUUAUCCAACGCUGAACCUGAUGAGCAAACAAUACGCAGCGCGAAGUGUUACCCAAACAAGUACAUAAAGGGUAUCCCACGAGCAGCCCUCGUGGCUGAGCCAGACUCUCGCCAGGCCAGCUGGAGCUCAAAUACUGCCAACGUAUCCAUUACCCCCGAAGUUAAUGUAUCGGCACUUGCCACUCGGGGCGAGAUAGGGGUGAUAGAGCUGCCUGGAUGGGGGUUAUCGCCUAAGGACCCCGUGGGCUUGACAACAUUCUUUCCUAAGCCUGUGGCAGAUAUAUACAAGGGAGCACAGGCUUUCAGCUGCGAUGAUUGCCUCGCGUGUGGUGGUCCUGACUACGAGGAAAAGGAAAAAAAGAAGAAGCACUGCUGCGGCUGCGUCUGCAUGGACCUUGAAUGGGGCCUCAGUUCUAUUGAGGCCUGUAAUGGCUGCAAUGAGCCAGACGGCAUCUGGCCUUGGGGGUUCGGAAGCAGCACUGCCCUUACUAAGAGGAAUAACACCACCACUGAGCCUGACAGCGAGAAUGAAUUCCACCGACUAAGCGAGAGGGCAACCGGGACGGCCACGAGAUCGUAUAAAGUGGUGUCCGUGUGUGGGGAACGUUUCUACGAUAAGGGUGAUUACCGAUACCCAGCCUUUUCUGGGAGUCAUUCCAACCCGUGGGAGGGCAUUGAGUUCGGUAUGUGGGACUCGAUCUCGCGGUACUGGGGGAACACGACGGCAGAUUGCGAGAACUGGGGCGUCACCAAUUUGAUGAAUCAUGAUUAUAGGGAUUUGAGUGGCACGGGGGCCCUCUUGGUUCGAGCAAAUUACCAGACUGAGCAUGUUUUCGAGGGACAGCUUAUCGGUGACUUUUUCGAGUGGCUAUCCAAGGGCCAAGUCAGAAACCAAAGGCCGGUGCCAACAAACCCUCAGUCACUCCUCGACUGUGACUGGAUUGAGGAGUUCAUACUGCCGAUAGACCGCGUGAACUUUCCGUGGCAACUCGACAAUAGGCCUGCCUCCUUCAUGCAGCUCCUGCUCGCUGAGCUGGCUAUGGAUGACGAUGAGCAGCUCCAGGCAGUCAAAGAGAUGGGGCUGGUUUUUGGAUAUCUAAACCACCAGGAAAUAUGGGACAAGUUCUGUGCCACCUAUGAGGCUCUCUAUGAUCUUUUCGGCAGCUUCGAUGCGUGGUACCGUUAA